AUGGACGACGCGGGCUUGACGACGGUCCGCGCCGCCUGCCCACGGACGCAGUGGGUACCGGACGGCGCCCGCGCCUCCUGCAUCGGCUGCGCCAAGGCCUUUUACCUCCUCCGCCGACGCCACCAUUGCCGCGUCUGCGGCGACAUUGUCUGCGGUCGCUGCCGCCGCACCGUCUACCUCCUCAACACGACAUCCAACGUCGGCCACGCAUGUCCCGGCUGCGCCUCGGCGCCCGAGAUGGAGGCGAUGACGCGCAGUAUGGAGCGGCCGCCAGCGACGAAGGCGCUCGGAGCUACGACGUGGGGUGACCUCCAGGUGGCGGCGACCGAGUGCGCGAUCUGCAUCGAGCCCUACCGAGACGUGCGCGAGCUCGUCGCGCAGCUGCCAUGCAAGCACGUCUUCCACACUCGCUGCAUUGACCCAUGGCUGGCCGGCCACGACGCCUGUCCGCUCUGUCGUCGCCACGUGUCCCUGCGUCUCGAGGUCAUGCGCCAGUAUCUCUCCUUUUAA